AUGGAAGCUUGUGUAGAGAAAGAGCAGCAAGACAGAAGAAGAAGAAGAAGAAAACGAGCAACCACUGCCUGCACGGUGUUCUUGUGGGGAAUCUUGAUCUUUGCUCAGAUUGGUUUGUCUUCAUCAGCUCUUUCUCCUGAUCAGUAUUACCACCAAUCCUACCCUUCACCGAGAAAGGCUGGUCCUUUCCACGAAACGGCAUCGUUUCGUUCCCCAAGAGCCUCAGUGUCGUUCACAGGUCCACGUCGAGAAGAAGAAAACAGAGAUGAUGUUUAUAAAGACGACAAGAGAUUAGUUCACACAGGUCCAAAUCCUCUUCACAACUGA